CGUGAAAAAUGUAAAAUAAAACACUUUAGAAGACUUAAGAGAGGCGCAGUGUUGCCAUCGAGCGCGCCAAUAAUUCUUUCACUGCGGAGAAGGAAGAAGGGGUCAAGAUGGGGCGGCGUCCGGCGAGAUGCUACCGUUACUGCAAGAACAAGCCGUACCCCAAGAGUCGGUUCUGUAGGGGUGUGCCUGACCCUAAGAUUCGUAUUUUUGACCUGGGCCGCAAGAAGGCUGAUGUCCGAGAGAUGCCCCUGUGUGUCCACCUGGUGUCUGAUGAAUAUGAACAGCUGUCGUCAGAGGCACUGGAGGCUGGACGUAUCUGUGCUAAUAAGUACUUGGUGAAGAAUUGUGGCAAGGACCAGUUCCACGUGCGAGUCCGUCUCCACCCGUUCCACGUCAUCCGCAUUAACAAGAUGUUGUCCUGUGCUGGGGCUGAUAGGCUCCAGACAGGGAUGCGUGGUGCGUUUGGCAAGCCCCAGGGUACAGUGGCCAGGGUGCAGAUCGGACAGCCCAUCAUGUCAGUCCGAACCCACGACCGCCACAAAGCACAUGUCAUUGAAGCUCUCAGGAGGGCCAAGUUUAAGUACCCGGGCAGACAGAAGAUCUACGUGUCUCGCAAAUGGGGCUUUACGAAGUUUGACCGCGAUGAGUACGAGGACCUAAUGUCGAAGGGCCGCCUGUUCCCCGAUGGUGUUAGCGUCCAGUACCGCCCCCAACAUGGCCCUCUCUCUGUCUGGAAGAGGAGCCAGCUGGAAUUAGCCGGCCAGAUCUAGGAGUGAAGUGGCCGCCUUACUGGGCCAGAAUAAAGGGUGUCCAGUUUA